GCCAUUGCUCCGAAUCCAACUCAUCUCUGGGGACUGGACAUGAUUUCGGGUUGCUUCUCACCCAAAAGGGGAAAAGACCGAUGCCGACAUUUUGUCAUCAGCCACCAGCGGAAUGGAUACUAUGCCAUCUCAGGGGACACCCAGACCCAUCCCAGCCUGGCUGAGCUGAUCAGUUACUACCAAAGGACCGAAAUCGAGCCUUUUAGUGAAAAACUUACUGUGGCCUGUUCAAAACAAGAGGAAACAAGUGUGUAUGACAAAAUCUCUUUGGAGCAGCAGACAUCUUCCAAGCAGAGUUCCACAGGUGCCCCAAUGCUGACCAGGCAGGUAUCUGGCAGCUCACCCAUUCCAGCAAAGGCGAAUACCAGCAACCAGCCCAAAAAACAGGGGAAGAAGCUUCAGGAGCAAAAGAAGUCUUUAUCAAAAGAGAAGCCAGAUCUGAGUCCAGAGGACCCUGAUGAUGCCCCACCAGUUCCAGCCAGGAGCAACCUGCUGCUCUCGGAGUCCUUUGAGGAUGACUUCAAAGAAAACAACCACCCUGUUUACAACGGCUAA